AUGGUGGAUCUUCUCAGUUCUUGUGAUCACAACAAUGAGAUUAGACUGUGGAAUGUCAAUGGAGGUGAUUGCAUGCUCAGUCUUAAGGGAGGGAGUAGACAAGUUAGAUUUCAACCUCAACUUGGGAGCCUUUUGGCAAGUUCUACCAAUAAUAUCAUAAAUAUUUUUGAUAUUGAGACUCAAACCAUCCAGAAAACAUUACAAGGACACGAUGGAAACAUUCUUUCAAUCUGUUGGGACGUAACUGGAAAAUACAUUGCAUCAGUGAGCGAAGAUAGCGCACGAAUAUGGUCUAUUCGUGAAGGAAUGUGGAUAUUUGAAUUGCUCUCUGGUGUGAAUAAGUUUCAAUCCUGCAUUUAUCACCCAGGCCGAAUUCUAGCGUUGGUGAUUGGUUCUAAUAAGGUUUUGGAGUUGUGGAAUCCAAUGUGUAAAGCAAACAUAACUUCAUCAUAUAGAGCACAUGAUGGUAUAAUUUCUUCAUUAGCAGGUUUACGUGGUAAAGGUAUUAUAGCUUCAGUGAGUCAUGAUCGAUGGAUCAAGAUAUGGUCAUAAUGUAUCUGUGAGAAAUUCGGAGCAAAAUCGAUGGCUUGUGUACCUUGU